AUGCACCAACACAAGUGUUCACCAGUGAACCAGCAAGCAAUGUUGACCCAGAUGUACCAACACAAGUGUUCACCAGUGAACCAGCAAGCAAUGUUGACCCAGAUGUACCAACACAAGUAUUCACCAGUGAUGCACCAAGUGACACUGAGAUUGAUGCACCAACACAAGUGUUCACCAGUGAACCAGCAAGCAAUGUUGACCCAGAUGUACCAACACAAGUAUUCACCAGUGAACCAGCAAGCAUUGUUGACCCAGAUGUACCAACACAAGUGUUCACCAGUGAUGCACCAAGUGACACUGAGAUUGAUGCACCAACACAAGUGUUCACCAGUGAACCAGCAAGCAAUGCUGACCCAGAUGCACCAACACAAGUGUUCACCAGUGAUGCACCAAGUGACACUGACGUUGAUGCACCAACACAAGUGUUUUCUUAUAAGGCUUCAGGCUAUGUUAAGGAUAAACUUCAAUCUGAAACUUGUCCAUUAUCUGCUGAUAGUGUCUCAAAUACAGAUGAUCCUCCAAGUUCUCCAAUCAUUCUGAGUGAUAUGGAUGAUGCUGACAUCCCCUCCACCCAGCCUUACUCAGACCUCUGUGCUGAUGCCCCAAGGCCCAGUAGUAGCAUUAUAGAGGCAUGGGGACACUUAGAGUCAACUGCCUGUCUGAGCACCAACAAAAUUUCUUUGGCUGACCCAGGCGAGGGAAAGUGUCAUGAAAAUGAUGCAGCCUCUGAUGCAUCUGAAAGCUUAUUUAAUGAAGAAGAUGAGGCAGAUUCUAUUCAUGGUAAAGAUAUGGGAAACGAUCAUAAGCUAAGAGAGGAAAACUAUCACUCGGAUGACAGCUCUGACCUUGAAGACACACCCACAGAGGCUGUGGUCUUGAGGAGUCGUAAAACUGGUGGGAAAGCAGCACCAUCACAGUCACUUCAGACCAAAGAUCCUGCUGGAGAUGGUCAUUUAAAGACACCAUUUAAACAAAAAAGAAGAAAGUCUGGUUUGCUUAGUGAGAGUGAGUCAGAGGAAGGCUCUUGCAAUCUAUCACUCAGGUUGUUCGAUCUGCCUUCUGAUACCGAGUUUCAAGAACGUAUAACAUCUACCAAACUCAGUUCUCGGGGCAGCAAGGAGAGUAGUGAAGACAUCCUUGUAGUAACACCACACAAAGAAAAAGCUGAAAGUGUUGAAACUCAGGUUUCAGAGCAGACAACAUCUAAGUCUAGUUCUCAAGACAGCAAGGAGAGUAGUAAAGACAUCCUUGCAAUAACACCACAUAAAGAAAGAGCAAAGCACCACGAGGGGAUGAGUGACGAUGAGUCUGAGGAGAAUGUCACCAGGAGGACAUCUGCUAGACUUUGUUCUCCUCGAGGCAUCCCUUCACAAAAUAGAAGAGGCAGAAGAGUUUCUCGCUCCACUGCUGCUGUCUCUGUCUCAUCCCCUUCUGCCUCAGUGUCUAGCCCUCACACCACACUUAUUUCUGCUCAAGCCUGUAAUCCUUCCAUAACUCCAACCUCACAUUCCCCUCUUAAGCCCUUGUCCCCAACUACCACCUCUAACACUAGCACUUUGACUUCUACUCCCACCCCAACCCACACUCAGGACUCUCUUCCAUGCAUUGCUCCUGUUCCUAACACCAGGAGGCCGGGAAGGAAAAUUAAAAGUGUAAGAGAGACAACCUCAACCUCCACCCCUGUUACUGAUUCAGCCAUAGUUUCCAUUCGCACCAGAAGGUAUGGCAAAAGGAGCAUAAAUAAAGAUGAUCCUGCUAGCACUACCAAUAACAACAAAAAAUGUAGUACUGCUGAAGUCAUCACUACAGUUUCCAUCACCACUGCCAAAUCUACCACCACUGUAAUCCCUGCCACAGCUAUGGCCACUGCUACUGCCACUACCACAUCCAUAACUGUUGAUACCACAUCAUCACCAACACAUAAAAGGAAAACUAGACAAAGGACUCAACCUCAAAGAGUCACCUCUCAGUCAAAACUGGAUGUGAAAGAUCCAGAGGCAGAAUCAGUAGUUGCUGACAGUGCUCAGCCUCAGCCAUCCAUAGCUGCUAUUACUGACACAAGUAUCACGCUUCCCACUACAAGGCGCAGGAGAGGAAGGCCAUCAACCAAACCACCUGUGAUGAAAAUAAAAGUUGAGGUACCUAGUGAGGAUGAGCCUAUACAGAUGACCACCCCUAUCACAAUCAAACAAGAGAAAGAAGAAGUAGAAGCUCUUGCAUGCCCCCAAAUUCCUAUCAAAGAGGAGCCUGAUGAUGACUUUUCUGAGGAAGAGAGCAACCGUUCCAGAAGAACACGACGCAAACCUGCAAGGUAUUCUCCUGAGAGAUUAAAUUUAAGGUCUAAGAAAGGUCUACCCUCUUCAGAACCCAUGGAAAGAGUGCUGAGGGAAAACACCCAAGGAGCAGGAACAUCUAAAACACGGGGAGGCAAAAGGGGUUCUUGCAAUGCCCCAGGACAGCAGCGGCGUUCCCAAAGGGUCCAACUUACCACACAACCAGAAGAGCAGGAAGAGGUAGGCAUACCUGUUGGUACCCUCAAGAAAUUAACUUUGAAAGUGAAGGUAAAGGAGGAGCCAGAGGUUUCUGAAGAAGAACCUUCAGAGUCUCUUGCUCCACUUUGUCUUGCGUUGCCUGAGACUGAUGCACCUCCCAAGAAAAGUAGUCGAUCAAGACCCUCCACAAGCAGGUCUGCCCAACAAGCACCUUCCAUAUCUACCAAGAAGAUCAAAUUAGAGGUUAUACCAAAGGAAGAAAGUGAUGAUGACAUUCCCGGGGUUUCUGAAAGUGGCAUAAUAGAAUCAAGAGCUAAGAAACCAAGUGCAUCAUACAGCAAAAGGAAAUCAAAUCAAAAUAUGUCCUCUGGAUUAAGGGCAAAAAGGAGCAGCUCUGAUGUCUCAGAUGUUGGUUCCUUGAGCAGCAACAACAGCUUUUCAUCAAGAGCUACAAGAAGCAACAAGGAUGUUGAGCUGUGGUCACCAUCAAAAAGGCAGCGUCAGGCCAGCUCUAAGCCCCGCGUGCUUUUCACUGGUUAUCAUGACCCGGCUGACCACAAAAUUGUCACGGACUUGGGAGGGAAAGUGGUGGAGACACCUCUAGACUGCACUGUGCUGGUUACUACCAAGCUCAAACGGACUUGCAAGCUGCUCUCUGCCAUUGGGAGAGGACGCACCAUAGUGAGUCCUAACUGGCUCACAAUGUCCAAAACGGCUGGCAACUUUGUAGAUCCCUGGCAGUUUCUCCUGAAAGACCCUGAAGCUGAGGAGAAGUAUGGGUUUUGUUUGGAGGCCACCAUUAGGUCUGCCUGCAAUUUCUUGCUGUUUGAAGGCCUAUCCUUGCAUGCCACACCGUCAGUGCAGCCACCCCCUUGCCAAAUGAGAGACAUCAUAGAGUGUGCUGGUGGAGACUACCUUCAUGCUGCGCCCAAGAAGUAUGAGCCACAAAUAAGAAUAAUAUCCUGCCCAGAAGACAGGAAGCUGUGGCCAGCAUUCACAUCCUUAGGAAUACCAAUUCUUGGGGUGGAGUUCAUCUUGACAGGCUUGUUGAGACAUGAACUACUUCUGGAUGAGUUUGUGUUAGAAUAAAGCAGCUGCAUUGUUACUGGUUCUAUGUGACCUUGCAUCUUUAAGUUAAUGUAAGUGUUUACUAUGUGCCUGGUGACUACUGUUAAUGCUCCAUAAUGAUGUUGCUGAUGAUUUUAUUGUUAGUUCAAGCUAGUGCUUUUUUGUCUACGUUUUAUAUCAUCAUAUAAUGAUGAUGAGUUUUGCUACAGUUCAGUAGUAAAUGUUAUCAAUGAAGAAGAUAAGGUAAAGUUGGGGUCAUAUGCUAUAGAUGGGCAUGGCCACAGUGCUCAUCUCUGUUGCAUUGGCCUGUGUUGAGUAAGAAGCUAUAACCCCAGAACACAGGGCCAGUGUGACAUCCAGGAUACCACAGUUUACCUUCCCCAGGUUUCCCCAGGCGCCCAUUUAUCGACCAGCCCAAAAGGGAGGAUGAACAGCUGGGUGAGCUGCACACCGACUGCCUGGGCCAGGAUUCAAUCCUGGGCCAUAGAUUAAUAGCUAUAGUCUGUUCAAACCAAGUCUUCCUCUGGCACCUAAGCAGCAUUUACUACACCACAUUGGCUGGCCUCCCCUCUCGGCUCUCACCCUGAUUGGCUGGCUUCCUCUCUUGGCUCUCGUGGAGGCGACAGUCACUCACACAUGCUCUUGGUGAUUAAUAUUUUGAAACUAUGUAUUUACCUUAUCUCACCCCUUAUACAAGAUAGACAAUUUUAAUUGACACCAUCAAAUGCAGCAGUGACUGUAGUCACAACUCGGUAAAAGCAAAAGUAAAGAAACAGUGAAAUGGUUACCUGGGGAAACCUGGGGAAGGUAAACUGUGGUAACCUGGAUGUUACACUGGCCCUACAUCCUAGAGUAAUGAACCAUCACCCACCACAGGCUCAAGGGCCAAUGGGACAGAUGAGCAUCUCGCAGCUAUAUUGCAUGCCUCCAAUUUUACCUUUACCUUUAGUUUUUAACCCUUUCACCCCGGGGAACGUUUAUUCACCUCCUGGUCGCUAACUUUGGCCAACCGCUCCCAUCUGGUGGACUUGUCUAUACGUCCUACUUGCUUCGCGCCACAUACGGGAGACGUGUAUAUAAGUCCUGUUUAAUUUUAGUAUGCCAUAGCAGGGAUACGUUUUCUGGGACAUGGAUGGUUUUAGAGAAAACAAUAUGGGUAACAAAAUUAUACUUUGUGAACCAGGAACAAUGGCAUAAAACUCAAAUGUAGACAAGUAAAUUCAGACUGCACCAAAUUUUUCUUCACCAACAUUGUAGUGCGAGAAUGGAAUAAGCUCCCACCUUCAGUGGUCCAGUGUAACACGAUUGACUCCUUUAAAAGCAAGCUCGACCGUCACUUCCUUGAACUUAAUAUUAACUAGAGAUGAAAUGCAACAUUUUGGAGCCAUCUAAUUAAUGUAGAAUCACUUAGGUUUAAGGACAGACCACCUAGUCUGGACCAUGGGGUCUGUGUGGUCUGAUUUUCUAUGUAAAUCUAUGUAAAUCUCUCUCCCUCUCCCUUCGUAUCGGUGAGGUGUCAAUCUUUUGACUCUCUCUCU